GACCUUUUCAAGCUUAGAACAGGGUAGGCCUCAGUCCUUGUCUUCCAGUUAGGAUGGUGUCCGGAAUCUUCUAGGGAUGGAGGUUAAUAUUGUGAAGUCAGUACACUUGGCCAAGAUAAAGUCUAAAAAUAGACUGGAAGUGACAGUCUGGUAGCUGCCUUCAUGGGUCCUGCAGGAUCUGACAGGUUCCUAUGGGUCUAAAGGUAGAGAGAGGAGUUUUCUUUGGGUGAUUUUCACUGGCUGAUUUCUUCCAUACUGACCUAUUACCUGAAGGCGUUUACAUUUUCUUUUAGAUAUAAUGGAGAGGCCUUCCUUGGAAAUUAACCUGCCGGAUAAUCAUGAAGAAGGAAAACUUUAUGUAGUUGACUCCUUAAACAACUUGAACAAACUGAAUGUUUGUCCAGAUGAAUCCCAGCAUGUGCUAGAUGAGGAAGAGAGCACUGGUGGUACUGGAGAAAACACAGCAGGGAGCAACCUAAGAAAACAGCGCUUAUUCUUCACCACUUUUAUUCUUACUUUGAUCGUCAGUUUGGCACUUGUUUCAUUUGUAAUAUUCUUAAUAAUUCAAACUAGAAACCAGAUGGACCAAAUAUCAAGCAGACUGAUAUCUGAAAAGAAGAACAUAGAAGAGCUUAAGAAAAUGAACAAUAUUAUAUUAAAGCAUCUAAAUCAACCAGGGAUUAAGGAAAAGGGGAGAUACCUCUUCACACAGUCUCCUAACCUUCAUGAGGACCCCAUGCUGAGCUGAAAGUCCCUGGAGAAAAGAUCUGCUUUGGAAUGAGAUUCAGCAUAUUCAUGUAUUCAUAUUUUCACAUAUGGCAUACGGGUUACUUAAACA